AUGAUAGAAUCACUUGGUGAUAUGGUAGAGUACAGUUCAUUAUACCUUCCUUAUCUUUUGUAUAGCACACAUGUCAUGCAUCACUAUCAAAUCAGGCAAGUCGGUCAUGUCGUUCAUGAUAUUCUGGGUGCUGAUGUUUUCCCCCAUCAGGAUGAUAUAUCCCAGCCACCUGCUAUGCUACCCGGAUUGGUUCCUCCGAGUUUGACAUUUUCCUCUGAACUUGACUUCGUGCCGAUGCCUAUGGCGGUCACUCCAGUAUUUUUCCCAAGCGAGCUGCCCUCACAAUCACUUCCCCCCGUUCACUCAGAAUUUUCCUGGAGGGAGCUGGCCUCACGGUCACCUUCACCCAUUCCGCAAGUGUUGUUUUUCAGUGAUGAUGCUAAUGAUGCUGAGUACACUUCACAACCUGGUAGCAUUGACCCCAGCCUGCUGGCUAUUGCACCAUCGGUGCCCGCAACAAACACCAACUUUGCGAGCUCACCAGACAUUGUGAACCCAUCAGAUACUCCUGGCGGUGAAGUCAUAGUGGUCUCUCUUGCUCUAGAUUCAGCUGGAUGUGUGCUGUACAUUGCGGGCAAAAAUGGUGUUCCUGAUGAGGUCGUCCAUCAUUUAUACAAGGUCUUUCACAUGCUCCAGCAGAUACGGUUCUCCCUGUGCACUCCCCUUAAAGCUGGGUCUGAUGAAGAAGACACCCCACGGCCAGAUAAGGGUGAAGAGACCCCACGUCUGGAAAAGAACCUCAUCAACUUGAUCUAUGCAUUUUCUGUUGACAAAUUCAUCAAACACCUUGUCAAAAAGUACAAUCAGUUCAAAAAUGAGGUGGUUCCAGCGAUGGAAGAAUACAAGAAGACUCAGUGCGAUCAAUGGACCAAAGCAGAGCAGGAAGACUACACAAAAUUCCAGUCAGCAGCUGAUGUUCUCGAUACGACAUUCUCAUGGGCCACUACCUUCCAAAAGAUAACAAAUCCAGAUGUGAAAAGUCACUUUGCGUCACACCUGACCGACCUGGCAACAUUAAUCAAUGCUUCUGCUUCUGAUUUUCGGACCAUGUUAAAAGACGAAAGGGCUAUUUCCACACUCACAAUAUGGGAGCAUGAAAUAAUGAAGCGCAUUGAUAAUGCCACAAAAUUUCCACUCUGGAGAUAUCUCUCCAAAGUCUUUUCACUUAGCUACCACAUUGAUGCUUUGCUGAAGAAUGUCACCUAUUCCCACCGUAUGGCAGUCAUUCUAGACUCCAAGAACACCCUCAAAGUUCAAGUUGUAGACACCGAGCAGAAACAAUUUAGAUUUCCAAUCUCCCACUUCAUCAUUCGACAGGCCCUUGCUAGGCUAGAGAUUGCUGAUGAUAUUGUGGACCAAGUUGCCUCCACAAUCUGGAAAUCCAUCCAAGGAAAUGCUGCUUCAAACGCAUCGUCUUUUGAUGGAGAACAACUUGAAUACACCUUCACUUCAGCAGUGCAUUGUGAAGCAUUGCUCCUCAACUAUAUUGGAGUUUUGAAACUAUCCUGUUACCCCUGCCGCACCCUAUUCCACACCUAUAACACUCUCGACGUUCCAGUGGAUCAAAAGUUCUUUACGAAGGGGUUGCACGCCAAAAUUUAUCCGCACUGGAGCACUCCCAGUGGGUUUGGUGGUAACAAGGACGAGAGAAUAAGGUCCCAGUUGGUGGAACAUGUCCAAGCUGACCUGAAAGAGUUGUUGAAGACGCAAAACAAAACACGCUGUGGAUCAGAUAGUACUGAUGUUUCAGCUACUUCUGAGGACGUAGCCACCCCAGUGCAGUUAGCAGAUAUCAAGAGCCUCCAUGAUGCUCUGAAACAAACCAUUCUUGAAGCAAAGGAGAUGUAUACCCAGAUUGUAGACUCCGAGUCAGACAUCAGCUGGACUGCUGUCGACCCAAUCCACAUCCACACAUUUAGAUCUGUGACCUUGGGGGCAGAAGUCAAAGUAACUGUGCCUCGCCGAUAUCGCAAGGAUGCUUCGGUUUGGGACUUCAAAAUUCAGAUGGUCAAUGUCAUCUGGUUUAUUUGGUACUGGGGAUUCACGUCAUAUCUUGGCCCGUCUUCACUCAAGACUAUCAAGCAUGCUGUCACAGUAGCUGGUGCAGCUACCAGCUGUGCUUUGUGUGAACAGGGGAAGAGGUUCUUAGAACUUGAUCCCUUUAGCAGAAAAACUCACUAUGAAAAGUUCAAAGAAAUUACCUCUACAUUUGACAAUCUUACUUCCACAGAAAAGGUUGAGUUCGAGCAGUAUUUGCAGUACAUGUUAGACAUCAUAGACAUGAAACCACCCCUGGCUGUAGGAUUAGACCUAACAUUUUGGCAACUACCAUUUUUACUGUAG